GGAUGGGACUGGUUGAACUCUUCCUGUUUACAAGAACUCGGCAUACACUUUUCAAUUCUUUUUCUGCUACUCUUGGACCAUAUCUGGUGGCAAAAGGAUGUUCAGUGAAGAAAUCGUCCCUCGACAAUAAAGACCCUCCUCUGGUCUACAUUACUCGUCGUUCACUUCGGAAUGGGCAGAUUGUUCAUGUACGCCGGGUACCUCCCUGUGGACUUCUUCCCGGGGACCAGGUCAGGCGGCGAAGGCGGGAGCUCUAAAACGGCCCCCGGACACACCCUGAAACCCUCGCCUCUAACAACGAUGGCGGUUGCAGCAAGCACAAUGAUUUUCAUCGUCAUCGUUAUCGGUGUUCUUUGUCUGCACGAGGCGCUACGAUGUAUGAGAAGUAGAAAUCUUUCCACGUCUCAGACGGCGUCAGAAGAUGUGGAAGAUGCGAAAGAACAGGAGGGAAAAGCGCAAAAAGAAGGAGAAAAUUAUGUAAGGGAAGGUGCAACGAUGUCUUCGGGUUAUCCGGAGGUAGAGAGCUGUCGUUUUGUCGCUUCGCCUGCUUUGGCGAAACGGCUUCCGGGUCACAAAGGUCAAGGUGACAAGGUCAGUUUGGAGCGUGACGACGAAGUGGGGGUCACGACUGAGAUGAGUCAGAAGGAAGACAGCGAAGACACAAACACCGCACAGAAACAAGGGUACAGUGACGUCAAGCUU